AUGGCAAACUACCGGCAUUCAAAGAGGACCUCCUCCGGUUCUUAUGAUUAUCUUCGUCGAGCUAGUCAUGAUAGGUGGGACCCAGCUGCAGAGCGAUCAAACUAUAACACUAGACCAAAUGUGUGGUCUUCAGGGGUCAACAAUACAUAUGACACAUAUGAACGGAUAACUUCUCCCCGAGCUUGGACGUCUGGUCGACGCCCGAAGACCUACAGAAGGCGAGUACGUACUCCGGAGGUCGUGGUCGACCCAUCCGCGAUCCCAGACUCAGAUCCCGACUGGCACGGUCCCAUUGUGGAGGAGCUCGAAGAGAGUGACACGGAAGAAACGAAGUCAGCAUUUGCCAAAGCGGGAGUCUCGACGACUGGUCCAAGUCAGGAUCCAGUCCGAAUGGACAGAGAUAAAGGCUGGAAAGUACCUGCUUCCAGAGCUGCAGGGGAGAAUGGUGAUUCGAAGAACACUCUGUCCAACGCCACGCAAAGUGCCACGACUGCUGAUACGACAUCCACAAAACCAGAUACACGAAGCUCCACCCGGGGUACAGGCUCAAUGGAGAGGCAAGCGAAUCCCGCCUUGAGCUCUUAUAGGAACUCACGAACUGGGACUCUAGCCGCUCACUCGCUCAGCCCUCAGAUGGAGAAGCUGAGAGUUAAUGAGGCAACAUCGCAGUCAACGGAAAAGGCAAGCCCAAAAACUGCUCCUGUCAUCUCCAGUGCCACAGAGUCGACGCUGGAGAAGAAGCCGAUUGAACCCCGUAGCUCUGAAGGUCAGACCUCGGGAGCUAGUGGCCAAGGGACCAUACGUCUUCCGCCGCCGGAGGGUAAAUCCACUCCGGACGAUCCCCCUCUGACAAUACCCACGAAGCUUGCUCGUCGUCAAGCAACUGUUGAAGACCAGCCUGAAGAUAGGGAGAAUGAGAACAACAAACAAGAUUCGGCGCCCGUCAAAUCAUCCAGCCAUACACAGGCAAAAGCCGCCAGUGAGAAGAUUGUGUCCCACUCGCAGCAAGGGAACGAGAAGGGUGGAUGCAGUUCGCAAGCUCGGCAGAGCAGCAUACACUCUACGACACCGACUGUGCCUCCGUCGGUACCUCAGCCUCCGGCUCACUCGGAGGCUCCUUGGCACUCUUUCGCGGAGCAGCGCCAAACCUACGAUACUGUAGAGCCGCGGUCAGAAGGAUCUCAGACGCUUCAGCCCGCCGGAAGCGAGCGUCUUACGGUCUCGUCGCCUGGCUCCGCCAAGACAGUCUUUACCAAGCCCACUGAUACUGAGGCCAUCGCAAGAAAGUCUGCGAGAUUCUCCAAGGGCAAGGCUGUAGCAGACAAGGCCGUGUCUCUCAAUCCAGUCGGCUACGCUCUCAGGAGCGUAGACAAUGCAGAUAGCAAGUCCUUCUGCGAGGAUCUGUCACCUGAGUCAGAGACACUGAACUCAUCAAGUGAGGACGAAGUAUCUGAGGAACCAGACGCUACCGCAGCCGAGGGAGCAGAAGAGAAGGACCACAAGUUCACAGAGAAUUCAUCAGAACAUGAGCACCGUCGGCGUCGUCAUCAUCGACGUCGACAUCGUGAAGAGAGAACAUCCACGGCUCCCGUCAGUAGGCUGGCAUCACUUUUGCAACAACAAAGCGGGCACUAUUCGACGAGUGUGAAAUUUGGUACUGCACUUUUGGCCCACUCGAGCAGCACCAAGUCUUAUCAUCACAGAAGACGCGAUUCAGAGAGGGAAGAGAGUCAAGACAUAGCUGCUGGGCAAGAAGUGCCGAAGGCAUCUGGUCAGACGAAACCCUCGAAAGGGCGAUCACGAAAGCCUCGUUCAUGGUUCCUGACCUGA